CUAACGGUAUCAUUACCCUUGUGAGAUAAGCACAACAAACAACAAAGGUUACAACUCCAAAAUCCUACACUGUCUCAAACUCACACGGCAACACAAAUUUUAUAACUGGAAUCACAACAAUGUUCUUGUUCUGGAAAAGCACAUUAUUAAUUACUUCUUUGCUUUGGUUGCAGGCUGCACCGUGCGGUAUUUCAACACAUAUUGAGCUUGCUCACAGAGCACUGGAGUUCUUCGACCAGAUAGAGGGAAAUGUUAAUUACAGAGAGUUAUUACAAAAACAUCCUGAGGCAUACCAAGCAGGUAGUGUGUACCCUGAUGCUUUUUACCAGGGUAUAUGUGAGCAAGGAAAAUACCAUGAUGUAUCUGAAGAUUCACAUUGGACACCUUUUCUCAAGACUAGCAUUAAUUACAUCCGAGAAGUCUAUCCACAGCCAUGGGACAAGAGUGCACAGAGACUGGUGGCCUUCCUGUUUGGUAUUGCAUCCCAUAUGGUAUCGGAUGUGAGCUGGCAUAGUUUGAAUAUCGACCAAGGAUUUCUUAAGGCCAUGGGGGAAGUUGAUUUCUAUGGCUCCUAUGCUGAAGCUCAUCAAACUGGAGAUUUUGGUGGUGAUGUACUCAGCCGUUAUGAACUUACCUUUGACUAUCUAGAAGCCAAAUGGUACAUUCCAGUGAAGGACCUCUUUAACAUCUACAACCUCUAUUAUGGCAAAACCGUCAUAGAAGAGAACACAAUUACUCACUGCACGUACAUACUCUUCCUGGAAAUGUAUGGCGAAUCCCUUGGUAUUGAUAAGCUUCACUCAACAUAUGCAAGCAAAUCUCCUUUCUUGGUGGAGAGAUUCCAGGAAUAUUUUCUUGGUGGCGUUGAUGACAUGGCUUAUUGGUCUACAAACAUAUUCCAUUUGAUCAGUUUCAUGUUAGAUAAUGGUACUAGUGACUGCUACUUACCUGAAAACCCUAUUUUCAUACAAUGUAAUACCGAGAGGAGGGAAAAGAACAUAAAAUUAAGAAAACAUUGGCAAAAAAAUGAAUUUGAUGGAGAUUUUACUCCCUCGGUCAUGAGAGCAGAUGGAGCUGAUAACAUCACUGUGGACUCAGGAGUUGUCUUUCAGAUGAAUUCUUGGGCAAAGGGCUCUGUGCUGUUUGUGAGCAAGGCUAUGGAUGCAAUGAAUAUGAAUUUUGCUGGCCAGUAUCUAAACCAUAUUACCAGCCCUUCCACCUCCUACUUCGUCAGUUCACCUUAUGCAAGACUUGGAUGGGCUAUGGUCACAGCAGAUCUAAAUGGUGAUGGACAUGGGGAUUUGGUAGUUGGAGCUCCAGGAUACAGCACCUUGGGUCAUGUUCAAAUAGGUCGUGUCUUCAUUGUUUAUGGAUCAGCAAGUGGACUUCCACCUGCCAAAAUGGACCUAGACAAAGAUGCAGAUGUAGUGCUUGAAGGCUACGAGAACUCUGGCAGGUUUGGAUCUUCUUUGGCAGUACUGGAUUUUAACCUUGAUGGACACCUGGACGUGGCAGUGGGAGCUCCUUCUGUGGGGUCCCAAUAUCUCAGAUACACAGGUUCUGUAUAUGUGUUUUAUGGAUCAGGAGGUGCAGAUUUGUCUUCUCAACCAAAUGUGACCAUAACAUGCAUGUUCACAUAUUGUAACCUUGGCUGGACCCUCCUAGCAGCUGAUAUGAAUAAAGACAGAAAGAAAGACCUUGUAAUUGGCACACCAUAUGCUCCAGGUGGAGGAAAGCAAAGAGGUUUAGUGGCUGCAUUUCUUUCAAGUACCAGUAGAAAAGGUAGGUUGUCUGUAGAAGAAGCAGAAUGGAGUAUAGUUGGAGAGCAGGAUUAUGGUUGGUUUGGUUAUUCUCUACACAAUCACAUCUUUAAGAAUCAAACUUUGCUGUUGGUUGGAAGUCCCACAUGGAGUACCUGCAAGAGUGUUAAAAACUGUCAUACUCCAUCAAGAGGAACCCAGAGUGUAGGAAAGGCAUAUGGUUUCUACCCCCCCGAAAAAGAUGUGACUUUUGUUGUUCAUGGAGACACAAAACAAAGCAAACUAGGCUCAUCAUUUGCUAGUGGAAUUAUCUCAGUCGGUGGAAGGCGUAAACACAUUCUUCUCAUUGGAAAACCUACACAAAGUACCACCUACCAAGUUGCAUUUCUAUCUAGACAGUUGCACCACGCUGGGACUGCUUCAGUGUUUGAGCUGAAAUCAAGGAGUUCAUUAUCUCCUCUGAGCACUCUGAGUGGAGACCGGGCAUACGCUCGAUUUGGGGCUAAGAUUCAUUUAAAUGAUCUGGACAAUGAUGGCCUUGAUGAAAUCAUAGUGACAUCACCUCUAAGAAAUGAUGGAACACUCACAAUGCUUGGAACUGAGGCUGGACGGGUUUAUAUCUAUAAUGGCAAUACUACUACUCCUGGCUCUCUGACAAAAAAAUGCAAAUCAUGGGUUUCACCAUGUCCUGAGGAUUGGGCACAAUACGUUCUUAUAUCUCCAGAGGUAAAAUCAAGAUUUGGAAGCACAGUGAUCACAAUCAAGUCUGGUAACAAGAGUCAAGCUGUUAUAGCCGCUGAAAGAAGCUCAAUGAAAGCAAGACUUGGUGGUGCCCUCCACAUUUACAAUUUUGGAUAACUUCCCACUUUGCCUGUGCAUUGCAUAUAUUCAUGUGAAUAGCUUUAUUACUGCAAUAUAUGGCCUUAGAUCUCCAGUGUUAAUCGUCUUUACAUUUCAAUCUGCCAUUUAUAGAAUUAUUUAAAGAUCAAUCAUUCAAAUACAGACAAAAAAUAAAAAGGGACACACACAAAUCAA